AUGGUGCCUUUUGAUCUCAUCAACAGUAUUUACGCGGACGAUCACGAUUUAUUUAUUCGGAUGGAUUCAAGCGCUAUGCUUGCGUCAUGCUUGUGUAACAACGAACCUGUGCAUUUUGACGUUACGCAAGGCGAACGUGCAAAUUCGCUUUUGCACCACAUUGUGCUUAGGGCAAAUGCGGCAAACUUUUGUGCACUACUUUUCAAAAUCAACAAAGAGUAUUUUUCCAAACUUCUCAAACCGUUCGCAGUCUUCUCAAAGGAUCUCAAAGGUGCAAUAAGUCCUCAACACUUACGCUGUCAAGCAAAAAUAAUAGUUUCUCAGAACUCACGUUUACAACCUUCUUUGAAAACUAUUCGCGAGCCAUAUGCACUGUUUCGAAGGAAAUAUUCCCGUCCUCGCUGCGAUGUCGAACCUCAGAUAGACCGAAAAGAAGCUAAAUCGAAUUCUUGUUCACAAACACUACAAACAUCCACGCUAUCAUCAGGCUAUUCACUGCCUCAAAUUCCUACCGGAAGCGCUGUAGCGGAAUUACCAGCGCUGAAGCUGACCUCCUAUCAUCAAGGCACGGCCGACGAUGACUUUCGCAAUAUUGUGCAUAGCUUUGAAGCUCUAGGUGAU